AACGGGACAGUAACUCGGCACUUGCGUGUAGUCUGAAAUACUAUACAACGAUGAAUCCGAUGAGAAAUCUGACGCCAUGUCUUCUAAUACUUUUAUUUCUGUACAUUGAUAAUAUUCGAGAUUAAUUAAUAUUCGUCGCUUUUUUUUCUUCAAUCUGGUAUAUUAUUCGAAUAAAAUAAUUUGAUUUUGAAGAAAAAUCAUUCAUCUCGAAAUAGAUCGUGAUCAUGUGAAAUUUUCAUUUCGAACGAUAUUAAUACGAAUUUUUAAUGUAAAGAAAAAAAGAUCUUCAUCGGCAUUUUUUUAACUUUCUUUUUUUUUCUUCUUCAAUCAAAAUAUUUUUCCGAGCGCAAUACUCAAUAAACAAUAUUCAAUUAUACAUCACUGUCGAGAAAUUCGAAGAGAAAGGCAAAUACUGUCGACAUAAACUAAUGAAAGUCGAAAACGUCAUUGACAUUUUCCAUCCACCAAUGAAUAAGGGCAAACGACGCCAACGAACGGAAAGGUCGUUGCCUGUUAUGUCGCUAUGUGGGCAAAGUAUAGGCCUUCGAACGGCUAUUUUACAUUGGAUAAUCUUAAACCACAACAUUGUACACAUCUGAUUUACGCUUUCGCUGGUUUGAAUACCACUUCUUGGGAAAUACAAAGUCUUGAUAGAUGGACUGAUAUCGAAGAAGAUGAAAUUGGUAAUUACAAAAAAAUGACGAAUCUUCGUAAACAGUAUCCAGGAUUAAAAGUAUCGAUAGGUAUUGGUGGGUGGAACGAAGGUAGUAAGAACUAUUCUAUUCUUGCUUCGGAUAAAGAAAAGCGAGAGAGCUUUAUCAAUAGCGUUGUUACAUUUAUUAGUAAAUACAAAUUCGAUGGCAUCGAUUUAGAUUGGGAAUUUCCAUCGCAGAGAGGUGGUACAUCGGAGGAUAAAAAAUAUUUCGCCAUUCUCAUUAAAGAAUUAAAAAAAGCAUUACCUAAUUCUCUACUAACUGCAGCUAUAAGCCCAAAUAAGAAAGUAAUCGACGAGGGAUAUGAUAUCCCGAAAAUUUCUAAAUAUCUCGAUUACAUAUACAUUAUGGCUUACGAUUAUCAUGGUUCAUGGGAUUUAAAAAUUUUACCAAAUGCUCCGUUAAAUAGUGCCGAUGAUGCAAGCGUGAAUUCUACUGUGAGCUAUUUACUACAAUUAAGAGCACCACCUGAAAAACUCAUUCUGGGUUUACCAAUGUACGGACGAACAUAUUUUUCGACUGAAAACAUUCUUCCAGGUACAAAUCCUAUUGGAAUGUCUUGUGAAUCAGAUGGUUUUAGCGGUCCUUACACUAAUACAAAUGGAACUAUGGGUUAUAACGAAAUCUGUGAAGUACUGAAGAAUAAAACAUGGAGUACUGGAUGGGAUAUUAUUAGUAAAACACCAUAUGCAGUAAAUGGAAAUAAAGUGAUUUUGUACGAUAACUACAAAAGUUUACAAGAGAAAGUAUUAUAUGCCAAUAAAAUGAAUUUAGGUGGUGUUAUGAUUUGGAGCAUCGAUACCGAUGACUUUAAUGGAAAUUGCGAAAGUGAUUAUAUAUUAAUAAAAGCUAUUAAUAGAGUUCUUAUUAAAAAAAAUGAAGCAGAAAAAGAAGAAAAUAAAACAAACGGAACAAGUAGAAUAUUUUCCUUGUAUAAUAUAUCAACGGUACUUUGUGCCAUUGUUAGUAUUUUUACUUUAACAAACUUAUAA